UUCCUUGAACAAAGUUUCUUUCCUAAAAAUUGCUUUUUAGAUUCAAAUUCCAACCAAAAAGGAUAAAAUUACCAACAAUCUCUCGAAAAUGAUUUCAGGGUCUGCUCCAUUUUUUCCCAGUGCAUCAUCCCAAGGUUUGCCAACGUAUCCAGUGGCAGAAGAAAACAUUGUUUCAUCCACCUAUGAAUCUGGUUCUGGAUCUGGUUCAGGACUAGAGCAGUCCCAUGCAAGCACUCUCCUCUAUAAGCUCUCCAUCCUGAAAGACAGAGUCCACGACGUUCAAUCACUUGUUAGCCUCCUAAUCUCCCCUGAUCAAGCCCUUACCGAGUCAACUUCGCUUGCCAUAUCAAGCAUGGGUUCUUUGGUUCAGGAAAUCGUCGUAACAGCAUCAUCCAUGAUUUUCGUUUGCCAACAGAUGUCUCUUGGAACCACCUCAGGUGACACUGUAAUUCCUGGUAAUCGGAUAUGUCAACCGCCAAGCUUCAGUGAUAAUUGUGUUGGAAACAUAGUUCAAGAAAACGGGCAAAGCUUUUAUUCCAAUAUUGAAACUAUUAGCUGCUAUGGCAACAACAAUAAUACUAGCCAUGAUGAUCGGUUGGAAAAGAAAGAAUCGGUUGCAUUGCAUCGAAGAAGCAAAAUUAGUGAAGGGUCUCAAGCGAUUUCAGCUAAGAAUUAUGAUAUAAUCCAAUUAGAUGUUGCGGACUUGUUAGCAAAGUACACGCAUUACUGCCAUGUUUGCGGUAAAGGGUUUAAACGGGACGCCAAUUUGAGGAUGCACAUGAGAGCUCAUGGCGAUGAAUACAAGAGCAGUGCUGCAUUGAUUAACCCCAUGAAGAAGCAUUACGAUGAAAACAGUAGUGCCGUGGGGAACCGUUGGACGAAAUUGGAUAAUAUGAUAAAGUAUUCAUGUCCACAGGAGGGUUGUAGGUGGAACCAAAAACACGCCAAGUUCCAACCCUUGAAGUCCAUGAUCUGUGUGAAGAAUCAUUACAAGAGGAGCCAUUGUCCCAAGAUGUUUGUUUGCAAAAGAUGUAACAGGAAGCAAUUCUCGGUGCUGUCUGAUCUCAGGACUCAUGAAAAGCACUGCGGUCAUCUCAAGUGGCAAUGUUCUUGCGGUACCACUUUUUCCAGAAAAGAUAAGCUUAUGCGUCACGUUGCUUUGUUCGUUGGGCACGGUCAAGAACAUGUUGCAAAUUCUUAGGCAAAACCAGGGUCGCUCCAACACCAAAGCCAUUGUUGGUGAGAUGAAAG